GCUGAUCCAAGAGCAAGGAAGCGGAUAAGAGACUUUCUCCUUCCUUCUGUGUUUUAUAAAUGCAGAGAGAGGCACCUUCUUCAUCCUCCAUCCUCCAUCGAGACAGAAAGAGAGAGAUACGGAGAGGUUCAAAGAAGCAGCGAUGGAGGGUGGCACAGUGACUCCAGCAUCGGCAGGAGAGCUCUAUUUCGUUUUCAUGGACUUCGAUCCUGAAUAUGAGCGUCUAAGAUCUAACAGGUCGAAGAAUGGGGACAAUGGGUUAGACGCGUAUCUUAGCAAGAAGCAUGACAUGUUGCUGGAGAGAGUGCUUGAGCCGGGGACCUACACUAAGAGAUUUUCCUGGGUCAUUGUUGAUGGAUUUGGCGUUGAGAUAACAAAGGAGCAGGUAACAUUCCAUCCUUUCCCCACUUCUCCUCCAUUACAGUUCCCUGGUAUACUUUUCCAUAAAAAAUAAGACCCCACCUCGUCUAGAGAGCAGACAUUUUUUUGAUCUUGUUGAGCAGGCAAGCCGGCUUAGAUCUGCAGAGGGAGUGAGAGUGGUGGAGAAGAAUCUAGAGUUCAUUUGAUAUGCAAUAUGGUAAUUGAACUCUUGCUCCUUGCUGAUCUUUGGAGCGAAGACGCAGGGUCUCAAGAACAUGACUGAUGGCAAUGAGAGAACGCCUAAAGGGCAGUGCCAUUAACUGCGGAUAGUUUUUCCUUUUCAUCUCUUAUGCGAAUCUUAAAAGCAUAUAAACUUGUAGGAAUAUAUGAUAUCAUGACAUGAUGUACGAAGAAGGGGAGACGGCGAUUACUGGAGGACUGAAAUUAAGUGGACUUUGAAGAAGAAGUCUUCAUUCUGGAGUUUAGAAAGAGAGAGAGGUCGCAAUGAUACAGAAGAGAGACUAUGAUUUUUGUUUCAUGUAUGUGGGGAACAAAGGGAAAAAUAUUUGCCAUGUACCAGCUUUUUGCAUCUAUAAUGAGGAGGCGACCCUCUAUGGCGAGGCACAUGGGCCUCCUUUUGAUUAA